AUGUGUAUUGAACGUUCUUGGUGGAAUCUCGCUGCAAAGGCAAUCGAGAAGUUCCAGUCGCUCGAAACACCCAUCCAAAAGGAGUUUACGCAUGCGAUUCAGGAGAAAAACAUCCAAAUCCGAAAGCUGCAGAGCAUUUUCAAUGCGCACAAGCAGAAGGCAACAAUGAUACCGCCUGCCUAUCAGUGGGCAGAUGGAAUCGACGAGGUGGCUCUGAAUAUCAAGCUAGCGCACAAAUGGGACGCUCCAGCCACGUUGGAGUGCGACGACAUAUCGGUCAACUUCACCGAAACGCAUUUCCAGCUGCUGGCUCGCUGGUUCGUUUUUUUGGAUUGUUUGUUAGUUUCUAGUCCUUCUUCGGGUAAAACGUUUCAUAUGAACAUCAAGCUGCACGCAGAUGUUAUUCCUGCUAAUUGCACUUGGUCGCGUGCUGCGGUGAGUCGAAUUGUGGUAAACAUGAAGAAGGCGGAGCGUGGAAAGUGGAGCAGCUUGCUAGGCGAGGGAUUCAAGAUGCCGCGUAAUUCCCACAAGUGGUACUCGAUGCAGGAGCAGAUCGAUAAAGCGGAUAAAGAGCGACUGGAUGUUGAGAAUAUAGCGAAGAAGAUGGAAGAGAGAAGGCGCGAGAAGGAGUUGAGAGAGGAAGAAGAUCGUCGUAUGGAAGAACGAAAGAAUCGAAAGAAGAAGGCAAUGGCGUGA